GCAAGAUGUGUCAGAUGUGCGAUGAGUCUAAUAUUUCUAAACGUCUUGAUGAAGAAAAUAUUGAGCAAAAAUGUGAGGAGUGGAUUGAAUUUCUACGAACGAUUGAUGAGAAAAUGAAUGGAUUUUCUACCGCAGAGUGUGUGAGCAUAUUGGAGGAUAUAUUUGAUGCAUAUAGGAACUCGUAUUAUCGAUUUAAAUUGAUGUAUUUAAUACGUAUAUCAAAAGAGCAGUACAAACAUUCUACAAAUUCUAAUGUUCAUCCAACCGAAGAUGAGACAUUAACACCGAAUCCUGAACCACUCAAAGAGCAUACUUCUGGCACGCCAUCAAUGAUCUAA